AUGCACUCUUCGCCAAAUUCCAUCAAGCUUGUCACCGGCAAUCUGCACCGCGGGCUCGCGGACCUCAUCGCCGCGCGCUUGGCCAUCCCCGUCGCCAAGGUGGGCGCGUUCCAGUACCUGAACACCGAGACCUCGGUCGCCGUGGGCGAGUCCAUGAGAGACGAGGACGUCUACAUCAUCCAGACCGGAUACGGCCUGAUCAACGACUUUUUGAUGGAGUUGCUCCUCAUCAUCAACGCGUGCAGAAGCGGCGGCGCUCGGCGCAUCACCGCCGUCGUGCCCAACUUCAUGUACGCCCGCCAGGACAAGAAGGACAAGUCGCGGGCGCCCAUCACCGCCAAGUUGGUGGCCAACUUGUUGCAGACGGCGGGCUGUGACCACGUCAUCACCAUGGACUUGCACGCGUCGCAGAUCCAGGGCUUUUUCCGCGUGCCCGUGGACAACUUGUACGCGGAGCCGUCGACCUUGCGGUACAUCCGCGACCACUACGCCGGCGACGACUUGAUCAUCGUGUCGCCCGACGCCGGCGGCGCCAAGCGCGUGGCGUCCAUUGCCGACAUGCUCGACGUGCAGUUUGCCUUGAUCCACAAGGAAAGACAGAAGGCCAACGAGGUGUCCAAGAUGGUGUUGGUGGGCGACGUGUCGCACAAGACCUGUAUUUUGAUCGACGACAUUGCUGACACCUGCGGCACGCUCUGCAAGGCGGCCGACGUGUUGCUCGCCAACGGCGCCAACAAGGUGGUGGCCAUGGUCACGCACGGCAUCUUCUCCGGCCUGGCCGUGGACAAGUUGAACCGGUCGCAGUUGGACAAGAUCGUGUGCACCAACUCCAUUCCGCUCGCGGACAAGGCCGCCGCCUGCUCCAAGUUGGAGUUGAUGGACAUCAGCCCCACGCUUGCCGAGGCCAUCCGCCGCCUCCACAACGGCGAGAGCGUGUCGUACUUGUUCAACAACGUGCCGGCGUAG